UUAUAUUUUAGUGUAGCUUUCCUUCUUGUUUACUUUCCAUCCCCGACCGACGCAAUUCCGACUCAAUUAACAAGAUCUGUAUCCGUUCUUGUUUUCUCUAUCUAAACUCUGUCACGGACCCAUCAAUCUCUCCGGAUUCUUCUCCCCACGUUUCUUCCCCACCCCUUUCCGUCUCUCUUCUUCGUCGUUUUCUCUUGUUCUAUUUGUUUCUCGAGGUCGAGACUCGGAAUUGACGACGACGGCGACUCCCCGGACCGCAGAAUCAGGGUUUGGGUCUUCUCUCCCGCCGCCGAUGGCCGUCGCUCCGGGGAAUUCGUCCGAUAACCUCGGCGACAACGACGCCCUUCUACUUGACGACAAUCUUUCGAUCAGCGUCGAGGGCCUCUACGCCUUCCUCGAUGAGCAGCCUUUCGACCCGGUCGACGACCAGUCCCAGAUUACUUUUGAAGGUUCAGACCGAGGCAAGCAAUCUGGUGGUCCAACAGAUCCUGUUAAUGCCUUUCAGCCUAAUGCUGGGUUUUCGAAAUCUUCAGCUCAUGGAGAGUUCAAUGAAACACUUGCUUCUCAAUGGACAACAUCAAAUUUUCUGGGUGUAUCAGAUUGUAAAAAAGAAACAAAUUUAGGAUUUUCUUUUGGAUCAGAACAAAGUUCCAACUCUCCCUUAAUCCCAGUGAGUGGUCACACCAGUGCUGUCUCAGCACAUGCUGAUUCCAAAAGCAUGUUUGCUUAUCCUUUGAGUCGUUUUGGAUUUUCAAAUCAGGAAUAUGAUUUUAGUUCAAUGAAUUUGGUUGGAAGUUCCCGUGAUAGUUUGAUAAGUAGCAACUUCAACAGUCAACAAUUGCAGUAUCUAUCGAAUUGUCCCUUUGGUAAUGCUGAAGAAGCAGGUCUAGAUGUCUCACAUUAUGUAGACUUCGGUUGUGAUUUGUACUCGGACAGUGAUCAAAAGGACUUUGAUGAGUUGAGAGCUGGAAUUUCACAGCAGAAUAGGUUCAAAAUGUAUGAAUCUUAUGCAGAUGAUUCAUUAAAUACUAUGACAAGAGAAGAAAAGACUGGUUUAACUGAUUGCAAGCUCUAUGAUGACAGAAAUGCUGCUCUGAAAAAUUCUCUGGAGGAAAAAUGUCUAUAUACUAAUUCAUCUAUGGAUGUUGAUUCAACUUUUCUAAAGUCCAUUAUUUCUAAGUUGAAUGCUACUGAGGCAACAAAUAUGGUGUACAAUGCUCAUGGCAAUUGCUGUGUGCCAUAUAGAGAGUCUCCUACUGAUGGUGUCUUAAGAGGUUUAAGAAACACAGUACAAGGUCAGUUCCCUCAUUUAAUUGUGUCACAUCAGAAGGACGUAAUAAAACAAAUAUACAAUGAAAAUGAGGAUCAUCUAUAUCCAUUCCAGAGUUCAACUAGAAGCAGUGCAGUGGAGUUGGACAAAGCAUUGGCAUCAGUUGGGUCCUUGAUUCAAAUGGCAGAUACUGAUGAACCACUGCCAGACAUAUGUGUGGAGCAGAAUUAUCUAGAUGAUGUUAGUCUUAAGAGUGAAUCUAGUAUAGAUUCCUCUCCACUACCAUCUACUAGAAAUUCUAUCUUUGAUAAUAUACCUGCCAUUGAUGCAUCAUUAAAAUGGUUCCCUCAUUCUUAUCCAAAUCUACACAAUAAGCGGCAAAAGACUUCAACAAAUACUGGAAGAGAAGAACUGGUGCAAGAAUUUCAUUACAUACAACACAAUAGUCUCAAGCAUAGUGAUGAUGAUGUUCUUAAUGUGAGUUCUACGGUAAGCUGCAUAAGUGUGGAUGAUGAUGAUGCUGACAUAUGUAUUCUUGAUGAUGUCAGCAACUUUGCCCACCCACUUGCACCAACAGUGAUUAUAAAAAAUCAGACAAUGUUAGAGCAAUCUGGAUAUAUUCAGACAUAUCAGCCUAGGUUGGGAGGGACAAGGCUCAAGGCAGAUGAUGAGAGAUUAACUCUUUGGCUAGAAUUGCAGGAUCUUUCUCAGCAAAGAUCUGAGGCUAUUCUUCCUGAUGAGGGAAUGAUGUCAGUUUCUCUAUUGAGACACCAGCGUAUAGCUUUAUUUUGGAUGGUACAAAAGGAAACGGCCAGUCCACACUGCAGUGGUGGAAUACUUGCAGAUGAUCAGGGACUAGGUAAAACAAUAUCUACGAUAGCACUAAUCCUGAUGGAGAGAUCUCCAUCACACCAACCAUUGUCUUGCAUGGGUAAACAAGAUAGACCGGAGUCUUUACAUUUGGAUGAUGAUGAUGACUGUGGUGAUUUCUCCGAGAUUAAUGGAGUAAAGAAGCCCCAGAUUUCUGGUCUUAUGGUGGACAGUGGAUCCAAGAAAAGGGAGUACCCUGUGAUGGCUGUAUCGAGUAGGCCUGCAGCAGGAACUUUGAUUGUUUGCCCUACAAGUGUACUUCGACAAUGGGCUGAGGAACUGAAAACUAGAGUUACUAGCAGUGCUAAUCUGUCAUUUUUAGUGUAUCAUGGUAAUAACAGAACGAAGGACCCCCAUGAGCUCACAAAAUAUGAUGUUGUAUUGACAACAUAUGCAAUUGUAAGCAUGGAAGUCCCCAAGCAACCACUUGUUGGUGAAGUUGAUGAGGAGAAAAGAAAACAUGAUAGUCUCAUCAGACAUAUGGCUGAUAAAAAAAGGAAGGGUUCUCCAAGCUCCUCGAAAAAAUGCAUGAAAAAUGGAAUUGAAACACAGAGUGCAUUGCUCAAGUCGUCUGUUCGACCUCUUGCUAGAGUUUGGUGGUUCAGGGUAAUUCUGGAUGAAGCUCAAAGCAUUAAGAAUCACAGGACUCAAGUUGCAAGGGCAUGUUGGGGUCUGCGGGCUAAGAGAAGGUGGUGCUUGUCUGGGACUCCCAUACAGAAUGCAGUUGAUGACCUCUAUAGCUAUUUCAGAUUUCUCGGAUAUCAGCCAUAUGCUGAUUAUGGAUCUUUUUGUUCCAUGAUAAAGAAUACAAUAAGCCGGAAUCCAAAAAAUGGUUACAAAAAGCUUCAAGCUGUUUUGAAGACUAUAAUGCUACGCCGUACUAAAGGCACUAUGAUUAAUGGUGAGCCUAUUAUUACCCUGCCGCCAAAGAUUGUCACUUUGAAGAAGGUGGACUUCUCGGAAGGGGAACGGGCUUUCUACACUAAUCUAGAAGCUGAAUCUCGAGAGCAGUUUAAGGUUUAUGCAAAUGAAGGGACUGUCAAGGAGAACUAUGUGAAUAUUUUGUUGAUGCUCCUACGUCUUAGGCAGGCUUGUGAUCAUCGCCUUUUGGUAAAUGGAUGUAGUUCUAAUUCUGUCAAGAGCUCUUCCAUAGAAAUGGUUAAGAAACUUCCUGAAGGGAAACAGAAUCAUCUUUUGAGUUGCUUGGAAGCUGGCUUAGCUAUUUGUACCAUCUGUAAUGAUCCACCUGAGGAUGCAGUGGUUACAGUCUGUGGACAUGUUUUCUGUAAUCAAUGUAUUUGUGAGCAUCUUGAUGGGGAUGACAACAUCUGCCCUUCAGCUGACUGCAAAGUUCGAUUAAAUGUUUCUUCAGUAUUUUCCAAAAUUACAUUGGUAAGUUCUAUACGGGACUUACCUGGUAACAGUUGCAGCUCCAGCGGUUGCAGUUCUAAAAUGGUAGAUGCAGUUAAAAUUAGUGGAAAUAGGUCGUCUUCUUAUUCUUCUAAAGUAAAAGCAGCUAUUGAGAUCUUGCAAUCACUGCCUAAAUCUCAAUGUUCUCUUCCAAACUGCAACUAUGAGAAAUCUAAUGGAGAAACUGAUGGCUCCUUGCAACAUGGUGUCACAGUUUCACAGAGAUGUUCUGUGCAUACAAAUGAUGGAAAAAACUUUGAUCUAAAGUGUCAACCAUCUGAAAAGGCCAUUGUCUUCUCUCAGUGGACAAGGAUGCUGGAUUUGUUGGAGGUUCCAUUGAAAGAUUCAUGUAUACAAUAUAGGAGGCUUGAUGGGACAAUGUCCAUUGCUGCUAGGGAGAAAGCAAUUAAAGAUUUCAACAUGCUUCCAGAGGUUACUGUAAUGAUUAUGUCCCUGAAAGCUGCAAGUCUUGGUCUGAAUUUGGUAGUGGCCUGUCACGUUCUUCUUCUCGACUUAUGGUGGAAUCCUACUACUGAGGACCAGGCAAUUGACAGAGCGCACAGAAUUGGGCAGACUCGUCCUGUCACUGUUUCACGCUUAAUGGUCAGGAACACAGUGGAAGAUCGCAUCUUGGCUCUCCAGGAAAAGAAGAGGGAGAUGGUAGCUUCUGCAUUUGGCGAAGAUGAAUCAGGUACUCGCCAAACUCGCUUGACAGUGGAGGACCUAAACUAUCUGUUCAAUGUGUAGCCCUCGAUUCAUUUUUGUACAGUUUUGGUCGCUAGCUAACCUAAUAGCACUCAGAACAAAAACUGUCUGCAUUGGAUUCUCUUACAUGAGGUGCUCUCUGCUCUGGAGAUGCACCUAAAAAGAUCCUAACCAGCUUAUCUGUGAAUAGCAGCAAUACGGACAUUCCACAGUUUCUUCCUUUUUUUUUUCUUUUUCCUUUUUGGGGUCGUUGUGGUUCAGCAUAAUGCCUCUUCAGGGAUGUUUUACGACAAGGAUAGAAUAUUUUUAGAAAAUUCUAUUGAAUUCAGCAUUGUAAAUCUUUCAAUGCCAUUAGUGUUGUGAAAAUUAUUUGAUGGUACAUUUGUCUUAAUCUCAGAAUCAAUUAUAAUUUGGAUAUUCAAAUUUUGCAUGA